AGUAAUUAAUUAGCCUUCUGAUAAGACGCAGCCAGCCGCCUCCCUCCCUCCCGGCUGGGUGUCCCAGGCCCAUUGCCCGCCCCGGCCGGCCCCGGGCGCGGCGCACCGGGCGGGGCCGGGGCGGUGUCCCGGCUCCCCCCGCCCCUCUCGGAGCCCUCGUGAGCGGCCCCGCCGCCGUCCCGGGGCUGCUGCCAUGGAGCUGCCGGCCGUCAGCCUCAAGGGCACUGUUGGCAACUGGACCUAGUGGCUUCACUGCGAGUGAAAAGAGCUGUGUGCUCUGCAGGAUCAGGUUCACAGAGUCCUGGAAGAAGCCUUCAGGUCUGUUAAUACUGCAGUGAGACUGGACCACUGCUCUGAACAGACUGGAAGGAGGCUAUCAUUCUGGUACAUUGGCUGCUCACAGUGUGGGGAUGCAUGAAUUACAUGUUGCCACUCUCCUAUGCCUGGGGAAAUUUCAGUGUCCUUGCAGUGGGGAUCUGGGCCAUUGUGCAGCGAGAUUCCCUUGAUGCCAUAACUAUGUUCUUGGCUGGCCUGCUGCUCACAGUCCUCACAGACAUCAUUCACAUCUCCAUCUUCUACCCUUCCCACGACUUCCUCAGUGAUGCGAAGCGGUUCAGUAUAGGCAUGGCCAUCUUCAGUCUCCUCCUCAAGCCCGUGUCCUGCUAUUUGGUGUAUCGGAUGUAUCGGGAGCGUGGAGGGGAGUACACCUUCAACAUAGGUGUCACCAGUGCAGGCCAGGACCAGAGCACCUACGAGCCCAUUGGUCAGCCAGACUCGCCUCCACAGUGGCCUUCCUCAGGCAAGGCAGCCCAGCCACCCUACUGAGGCACCUGCAGCCCAGGACACACGCUGCCCUUGCCCUGCCCAGCCUCCCACUCCUCCCAUUGAAGAUACUCCCCUGCUGCUGGGAAAAUAAGAGAAGAUCUGAUAUUUCUUUUGCCUGCCUAAAGGUUAGGCAGAUGGGUUCUGCUGUAAGUCCAGAAGAUCUUGGAGGUGUCAUGUUAAGCACUGUGUAAUCCCAGCACUCUCCUUUCUUCCCUCGCCCUAAAUCCCUCCUUCUGUACAUGUGACUGGAUGCACCUUCUGCAGUCUUCCAUUGUGCUUCCUCUUCUUUAUAAGAGAACCACUCAGAGUACUCCUGGACAAGCAAUGUUUAAAAGGCUUAUGGAUUUUCCUAAAGCAAUACAGUGUAGCCUGAUGUUAUGCAGAUAUAUUUCCAGGAAACAUCUGGGAGUUCCAAAGAGCUGUUUUUGAUGGCAUUAUUUACCUUCUUGUGCUCCCAGUAUCUGGUAUUGGGUUUUAUUAAGUGAUGCUCUUAUGCAAGUUGAAUGUCCUUCAGGAUACUUAAAUGACUGUUGAAUGUAGAUUACAGAUCCUUUGUGCCUUGAAAUAUCCUUUUGCCUUCAGCUGCCUGUUUUAACAGAACUUGAAAUGUUAAAUUUUUCUAAGAAAACUAUAAAAUGAACACAGUUUUUCUGUGUUAGAAAAAGUUA